AUGACCACACAAGAUAAAGAAGCUACUAUUACACAAUUAUUCAAGGACGUUGAAAGACUUGUUAACCAAGAGGAAUAUACAAAAGCUCUCAGAUCCCUUGAUAAAAUUCUUCAAUCAAAUCCAGAAGACAAAGAUGCAUUACAUUGUAAAGUAGUAUCAUAUAUAAGAUUAGGAAAAUAUCAAAAUGCAUUAGAUAUUUUACACAAGAAUUUUUCUGAUUUUGAUAAAUUAAAAUCAGAAGAAGCCUAUUGUCUCUAUAGACUAAAUAAAUUUGAUGAAUUAUUAAAUUUACUAAGGAAAAAUAAAUCAGGGAAUAAUAGUGAAUUAAAUUUAAGACACUUGGAAGCUCAAAUGGCAUAUAAAACCGAAGAUUACAAUACUUCUAUUGAGAUUUAUUAUGCGUUACUACAAGAAGCCAAUAAGAAUGAUGAUGUUUAUAAUGACAUUCUUACUAAUUUCAAUGCUGCUAAAGCAGCUUUACUGUUUUCAGAUGGUCAUUUGGAUGAGAAGUAUGCGAUGACAGACUCACUUAACACUUAUGAGUUAGCUUACAAUACAGCUUGUACAUAUAUUGGCCAAAAAGAUUAUAAAAAAGCCGAAAAAUUGUUUAACAUGGCCAAAAAUAUAUGUAAGAAAUCACUUUUAUCAGAAGAUUAUACAGAAGAUAAGAUAGAAAUAGAAUUGGGAACAAUUAACACACAAUUAGGAUAUGUUUAUCAAUUACAAGGAAGAAUUUCAGAAGCAAUUGAAAUUUAUCAAAAUAUUCUUAAAGCAAAAGGAAUGGAUACCACAGUAUCCGCAAUUGCAUCAAACAAUUUAGUAGCUGCUAAGAAAGAUUCUGAAUUAUUUGAUUCCGCAAGAAAAUUAAGAAUUGCAAAUUUACAAGAAUUUGCUAAACUGAAACCCGAAUCUUUACACAUAAAUUUUGCGUUGAUGCAAUUACAAUUAAUAACAUCCAACCCAAAUAAUGCAUUAGAAACUUUUGAAAAGUAUUUAUUAACUAUUAAAGAAGAUAAAGAACGGUAUAAACCUGGUUAUGUUGGUUUAUUGGUUUGGCUCUAUGAACAAUCCGGAAUGCACGAAAAGGCUAUUAAAACCUUAGAAGAUGCUGGCACUUUUUGGAAAAAUAACUCUUCGUCGAGUGAAAGUACAUUAAUUCUUAAACAAACAGCAGCAUUUAAAAUUAAAACAGGUCAUUAUCAAGAAGCUGCACAAUAUUACGAACAACUUGUUAAGGUUGAUCCAUUAGAUACACAAGCAAUUGCAGGUUUGGUGUCAGCUUAUUCUCAUUAUGAUAUCGAAAAAGCGGAACAAUAUGAGAGUUCUUUACCAGAAGUUAAUUCUGGUGAAGGAACUGUUCCAAUGGAUAUUGAUGUGGAUUCUAUUGAAAGGAUUGUACCUGGUGUAAAGAAAAGUUAUUAUAAGAAAACUGAUGCUAAAAUUGAUAGACCUUCUCAAAAGACUCAUAAAAAGAAAAAAAAGAGAAAGCCUCUUCUACCAAAGAGUUAUGAUCCUAGCAUACCUCCAGAUCCUGAGCGAUGGAUACCUAAACGUGAAAGAUCCUCCUUUAAAGCAAAAGGAAAACGCAAACAACAAUUAAUGAAAGGUGGUUCUCAGGGUACUGCUGUUGCCGGUGGUGGUAUUGGUGGUACUGGAAGUGCUAAUAUAGGGAAAAGUGCUGUAUCCGAGAAUCAAGCUACAGCAACGGCGCAAUCCACUCAAUCCCAACAACCACCACCUAAACCUAAAUCUGGUGAUAAUAAGAACAAGAAGAAGAAAAAGAAGGGAAAUAAAUGGUGA